GGCCUUGGCGCGCCGGCUGAGCUUUUGAGGCGAGGCGGAGGAAGGGUGGAGCUCAGGCGUGGGAAGAUGCGAGGUCCAGCCCGUCUCUGGCCUCCUCGUUCCUGCCCCGCGGCUGCAGGGGCCUCCACCUCUCCCGGGAACCGGUUCCUACCAGGAACUGCAAGUCCAGGGAAGGGAAGGAGACUUGCCAGAAUCCGCAAGGUGAACAGAACACCUGUGACAUUACAUCAGGCACCUAUGUAAGGAAAUUGGACUGUGGACCAUCAUGGCUUAUGGCUUACCAAGAAAGAACACAGUGAAGACCAUUUUGCAGUGCAGUUAUUAUAAAGUACAGGAACCUUGGGAUCUUGCAGUGCUUACAAGGACUUGGUACCAGAAUUUAGCUGACCUUAGAUUACCUUUCUUGGAAGAAAUUACACUGGGUCGUCCUAUACAACUAAAAAAAUGCAAAACCAAGAAAGGUCUACUCCCUUCAGCAGAAGCCCUCAAACUUGAAAGGGAGUAUGAAAUGAAGCGCCUAACUGCACUUAAAUGCCAAGAAAAUGUAUCUAAAGAAGUUGGGUUUUCCCUCAAGGAAAAGACAUUUGAUUUGAGAAGACCUCUCCCACCCAAGUGGCAGUCAUCUCAUAAUAGAGUCUUUACUCUAUUUCCUGAACCCAAAGGGGAUAAAGAGCUCUCACUGUGUAAAGAUGCAAAUGCAUGAACGCCCACUGGUGGACAAGCCAGUGCACAUCAGCGUGAGUUAGUGAACAGCUCUGGCCAAUCAUCUGGGUCCUUGCUACAUUCUUUUUAUAUGGUAUCACCGACAAGAGCACCGUAAGUACAUGAAAAUGCAUCUGGGGCUAAAUCAUUUGGGCUAUUUGUUUUGAUUUUUAUAAAAGUGCACUAAGGAAUGAGUAAACUCAUUGUCAGUGGUAUUAUUUUGAAGAAACAUUUUGAAUUGGCAUCCUUGAGAUCCUAAGGAGGAGCCAAAAAGAAGGUGAGAGAAAUUCUCUUAAAAAGCAUAAACUGGAAAUUUUUGUUUGGUUAAGAAAAAUGGUAGACUUCAUUUUCAUAACUCUUCAGUUAUGAAAAUUGGAAAUUUCCAAUUUUCAGCGAAUCAUCAUUUAAUAUUCUGUAUUCUGGUGUUUUAUAAUAGCAAGUGGAACUUACUUUGUUUUUGUUUUCCUAAAAAAUGUCUUUUUCUUUUUGCUCAAUUUCAUUCUUUCUCUCUGGAAUGACCCAGAGCAUGUGGAACACACAGACAUAUGUGAAAGUGACAUGAAAGUACAAAGAAGUUGUGAGGAAAACUCAUAUUGCAGAGUGGUUGGGGAAUGGGGACUUGACUGGAAAGUACUAGAUAUGGAUGACCCAGUUUUUCUAGAAUUUGAAUGGAAUAAAACAUACUUGACAUUAAUGUGAUGUAAGAAUAUGCUUUCAGGUGAUUCAGUAGGCAUUUUAGGAACUUCUUAUAUCUUAUCCUAUUUAUGAAAGGCACUAUGACAUAGAAUUUAAAAGUAUAGAUGGGCUAGGUGCUGUGACACAUGCAUAUAAUCCCACCAGCUCAGGAGGCUGAGGCAGGAGGAUCAAGAGUUCAAAGCCAGCCUCAGCAACUUAGUGAGACUCUGUCUCUAAAUAAAAUAUAAAAAGGGUUGGGGAUGUGGCUCAGUGGUUGAGUGCCCUUGGGUUCAAUCCCCAGAACCAAAAAAAAAAAAAAGAACGAAAGAAAGAAAGUACAGAUGAGCUGGGUGCAGUGCCACAUGCCUGUAAUCCUACCUACUCCAGGGAGGCGGAGGCGAAGGACCUCGAGUUUGAGGUCAGCAUGGACAAAUUAGUGAGUACAUGAGGAGUACAGACUGUAGACCUGCCUGUUUGUCUUCAAAUCCCAUCUCAGCUGCUUAUAGUGGUGUGACUUGGGAUAAUUGACUUUGUCUCUGAAUUUUUAUUCUCAUGUGUAAAGUGGGAGUAAUAAUGGCACCUAAUUCAUAAGGUUGUUGUAAUGAUUAAAUAAAAAUUUCCUGGAGCACCAUGAAAAUUACUAUAACUGUCAGAAUCACUAUCCUCUAGCACUUUAAUUGAGGUAUCAAACAUGUAUAAUAUUUGUCUAACUCUGUGACCUUUUGCAGAGGAGAAAUCUUAAAUUUUCAAAAAUUUACUUUUGUUCUUGUCAGUGUUUAUGUUCUCAGACCAUCUGACUUGAUUUUGUAGUUUAAUACAUGGCCCCUAUAUCUAUGGAAAUUCCUGAUCAUAUCUGUUUAAAAACAAUAAUCCCUGAUUAUCAACUUUUCACUUAUAUCUUUCUUUUAAAAGUAAUAUGGACACUAGGCAUGGUGCAGACCUGUUUUCCUAGCUACUUGAGAGGUUGAAGCAGGAGAGGAUCCCCAGAGCAGCCUGGGAAACAUAGCAAGCAACACCCAGCCUCAAAAAAAAAAAAAAAAGUGGUAGCAUGGGAAUUUUGUCUAUGGAAAAAUGUUCUAUCCUAAUGUCCCCACUGGGUCAGUUUAUGGUCUGUCUCAGUAGCCAUCAGGGAACCGUUAACAUCUCACACCUUGUCUCAUACUGGCAAUAUGAGUCUUGGGCUUCCAUCCUUCUUGAAAAAUGAAUGAAACACGUAUCUGUUUGCAAUAAAUUUUUCAGAGUGAAACGUGUCAGUGGUCCUUGUGAAAGCUGGGAUUUGAGAAAUCUUUAGUUCUUCAUCAUUUUCUUAAGAGGAAAGUGCUUGUUUAUAACUUUAAGAUUCUUCUAGUCAUGUUUUUGAACAGAUGUUUUGGAACUCUUAAAAUUGCCCAUGUUGAAAUUAAAAAUUACACCGUAAAAUAAAUUUGAGUAAAAAUGCA